AUGGAUGAGGUGGAGUAUGACGUCACCAAGGCUCGGCAGAAGAAGACCAAGGUGGGCUCCUUCCGAAUAAAUCCUGAUGGGACGCAGGAGAGGAGAAAGAUUCCCUUAGCUCAGUCCGAGGCAUUCUUAACAGACCUUCUGGAUAAAGUGUGUGAGCGAAUGAAUGACUACAAACUUGAAGAAGACCCUGUAACUAAGGAGAGAACUUUCAAGAGAUUUGCUCCAAGGAAAGGAGACAAAAUAUACAAAGAAUUUAAAAAAUUCUAUUUUUAUUCUGAUGCCUACAGACCUUUGAAGUUCGCGUGUGAAACGAUAAUAGAAGAGUAUGAAGAUGAAAUAUUCUCCCUUAUCGCCCAGGAGGCAGACGAUCUAGCUGACAAGCUGUGCAGUGAGAAAUCAGGUAGUGUGUGUUGUAACAUGUGCUCACUCCCUCCUUCUCCCCCUCUGCUCCCACUCGGCACUUCAGCCCCCCUUUUUAAAAUGGAGCCUCACUGCCUGGCUGCACCAGACAUCCUGAGAGGUUCUCCUCCGAGUCAGAAAGGACGCCAUGCGAGAGCAGACCAGCAGACCAGACCACGGGGCUAG